AUGCAGAGCACGUCGAAUCACCUAUGGCUGCUGUCCGAUAUCUUAGGCCAAGGAGCUACGGCAAAUGUUUUCCGUGGGAGGCACAAGAAAACCGGUGACUUAUUUGCCAUCAAAGUAUUUAAUAACAUAAGCUUCCUUCGUCCAGUGGACGUUCAGAUGAGAGAAUUUGAAGUGCUGAAAAAACUCAAUCACAAAAAUAUUGUCAAACUGUUUGCAAUUGAAGAGGAGACAACAACAAGACAUAAAGUACUUAUUAUGGAAUUUUGUCCCUGUGGAAGUUUAUACACAGUUUUAGAAGAGCCAUCUAAUGCCUAUGGACUGCCAGAAUCUGAAUUUUUAAUCGUCUUGCGAGAUGUGGUGGGCGGCAUGAACCACCUGCGGGAGAAUGGCAUCGUGCACCGUGACAUCAAACCCGGCAACAUCAUGCGUGUCAUCGGGGAGGAUGGGCAGUCAGUGUACAAGCUCACAGAUUUCGGAGCGGCCAGAGAGCUGGAGGAUGACGAGCAGUUUGUGUCUCUGUACGGCACAGAGGAAUACUUGCAUCCUGACAUGUAUGAGAGAGCGGUGCUGAGGAAGGACCAUCAGAAGAAGUACGGAGCCACAGUGGAUCUCUGGAGCAUCGGGGUGACGUUCUACCACGCGGCCACCGGCUCGCUGCCUUUCAGGCCAUUUGAAGGUCCGCGCCGGAAUAAAGAGGUGAUGUAUAAAAUAAUUACUGGAAAGCCUUCUGGUGCCAUAUCUGGAGUGCAGAAAGCAGAAAAUGGCCCGAUCGACUGGAGCGGGGACAUGCCUGUUUCUUGUAGUCUUUCCCGGGGCCUUCAAGUUCUGCUGACCCCUGUUCUGGCAAACAUCCUGGAAGCAGAUCAAGAGAAAUGUUGGGGUUUUGACCAGUUUUUUGCAGAAACUAGUGAUAUACUUCACCGGAUGAUAAUUCAUGUUUUUUCACUACAACAAAUGACAGCUCAUAAGAUUUAUAUCCACAGUUACAAUACUGCUACUGUGUUUCAUGAGCUGGUGUAUAAACAAACCAAAAUUGUCUCUUCAAAUCAAGAACUUGUCUACGAAGGUCGCCGCUUGGUCUUGGAACCCGGGAGGCUGGCGCAGCACUUCCCUAAGACUACUGAGGAGAACCCCAUCUUCAUCGUCAGCCGGGAACCCCUGAACACCAUAGGUCUGGUCUACGAAAAGAUUUCCCUCCCUAAAGUCCACCCACGUUAUGACUUAGAUGGGGAUGCCAGCAUGGCUAAGGCAGUAACGGGGGUUGUGUGUUACGCCUGCAGAAUCGCCAGCAGCUUGCUGCUUUACCAGGAGCUGGUGCGCAAGGGGAUACGAUGGCUGGUUGAAUUAGUUAGAGAUGAUUACAAUGAAACUGUUCACAAGAAGACAGAAGUUGUGAUCACAUUGGAUUUCUGCAUCAGGAACAUCGAAAAAACUGUGAAAGUAUAUGAAAAGUUGAUGAAGAUCAACCUGGAAGCAGCAGAGUUAGGUGAAAUUUCAGACAUACACACCAAGUUGUUGAGACUUUCCAGUUCUCAGGGCACGAUAGAAACCAGCCUGCAGGACAUCGACAGCCGCUUGUCCCCAGGCGGGUCGCUGGCCGACACGUGGGCGCACCAGGAAGGCACUCACCCCAGGGACCGGAAUGUGGAAAAACUGCAAGUCCUGUUAAAUUGUAUCACAGAAAUUUACUAUCAGUUCAAAAAAGACAAAGCGGAGCGCAGACUAGCUUAUAAUGAAGAACAGAUCCACAAAUUUGAUAAGCAGAAACUGUAUUACCAUGCGACGAAGGCCAUGACCCACUUCACAGAGGAAUGUGUCAGAAAGUACGAGGCUUUUUUGGACAAGUCGGAAGAGUGGAUGAGAAAGAUGCUUCACCUUAGGAAACAGCUCUUGUCUCUGACUAAUCAGUGUUUUGAUAUUGAAGAAGAGGUUUCAAAGUACCAGGACUACACGAAUGAGUUGCAAGAAACUCUGCCACAGAAAAUGUUUGCCGCCUCGGGUGGAGUGAAGCACGCCAUGGCCCCGCUGUACCCAAGUUCUAACACCUUGGUGGAGAUGACGCUGGGCAUGAAGAAACUGAAGGAGGAGAUGGAGGGGGUGGUGAAGGAGCUCGCCGAGAACAACCACAUUUUAGAGAGGUUCGGCUCGUUGACCAUGGACGGUGGCCUUCGCAAUGUCGACUGUCUUUAGCUUUCUAGGGCGUCUCAGCAGAGUGUCCACUUGCACGAGAACAGAAUGCCUGGCCGUUGAGUGGAUGCCUUUCUGGGUGGUCUCUUGUUUCUACAAUUUAGUAUUUGGUGUGGUUAUGUAAAUAUGUACCAUAUUGUAAAUACAAAAAAAGAUAUAAAUUUUUGGCUGCUGUGAAGAUGUAAUUUUAUCUUUUGACUUUUAUAAUGAUGCGAGGAGAUUUGACCUCUGAGCGCAAGAAGAAAGCCAUGACCAACCCAUGCAUGGGGCACCCACCCUGGCCCGAGGGGUGGGCGUGUCCUCACUGCCUCCGGGCAUGACUUCAGGUGGGCCAUGUCAGCUUCCCCCCAGGUCGGGCCUGAGGAGCGCCCUGGGCCGGGGCAGGAUGGGGCAAGAGGGCGGAACCGAACCACUGUUUACUCGGAUGCAGCGGCAUUAUCCAUGUUACAGGGCGCCCAGAUCCCAGGUGUCUGUGGACCCGCCUAAUUUCAGGUGAAUUCUUGAACACAAUUUUUGCAGUGAGUUGUUAUUUAAAAUUACUCAUUUUUCCUUUGGCCAUAAAAUGUAUAAUUGUCAUUAAAGUUUUAAGCUCAUUUCAACUGUCUUAAGCUGUGUAUGUCUUUAAUUCUGCUUACUAUUUCAUGAAAAAAAUAAACUUCUCAAUUUUAAUACAAA